UAUUUUCAGUGAUGCAAUGCCACGCAUUAACAUGAGUGAAUCAAUGAAAAAAUGCAAAGCUGUAUAAAACGUGAAAGUGUGUUCAUAUACAACACAACUAACUUAGUGUUUGCUACUCCCAAGAACAAAGAAUUAAAGGGGAGAGAGAGAAUACAACUGGGUUUUUAGCCUUUUCUUCUUCUUGUUCAGUUGUUCUUCACAGUCUCAGCCAAACUAUACCGCAUAAACUCUAUUUUUCUCUCUCCUCAAAUAAGAUAAAAGUGCAAAUUUUUCUGGGGUUGUAAAUUUCUAAUUUGUUACAAAGAUGAAAUCUUUGAUGUUAUUUUGGGUGUUAAUGUUGUUUCUAAAUUGCAAAUUCAUGCAAUGUAGUGUGAGUUAUGAUAGAAAAGCACUUUUAAUUGAUGGGCAAAGAAGAAUCUUGAUGUCUGGUUCUAUACAUUAUCCAAGAAGUACUCCUGAUAUGUGGGAAGAUCUGAUAAUGAAGGCAAAAAAUGGAGGGUUGGAUGCUAUUGAUACUUAUGUGUUUUGGAAUGUUCAUGAACCUUCACCUGGCAAUUACAAUUUUGAAGGAAGAUAUGAUAUUGUCAAAUUCUUAAAGAUUAUUCAGAAAGCUGGAUUGUAUGCUCAUCUUAGAAUUGGGCCUUAUGUUUGUGCAGAGUGGAAUUUUGGUGGAUUUCCUGUGUGGCUGAAGUAUGUUCCAGGAAUCAGCUUCAGAACUGAUAAUGAACCUUUCAAGAGGGAAAUGCAAAGAUUUACAGAAAAGAUUGUAAAUUUGCUGAAGAGUCAUAACUUGUUCGAGUCUCAGGGCGGUCCGAUUAUUCUCGCACAGGUUGAGAAUGAAUAUGGAAGACUAAGAAUGAGACUUGGACGAGAAGGGAAUAACUACAUGACUUGGGCUGCCAAAAUGGUUACUAGUUUGCAGACGGGGGUUCCAUGGACUAUGUGCAAGGACGGCGAUACUCCAGAUCCUCUGAUAAACACUUGCAAUGGUUUCUACUGUGAUAAUUUUACACCCAAUAAAGGAUAUAAGCCUAAGCUUUGGACUGAGGCUUGGAGUGGCUGGUUUACCGAGUUUGGAGGACCCAAUCACCAAAGACCAGUACAAGAUUUGGCUUUUUCCGUCGCAAGGUUCAUACAGACUGGAGGCUCCUUUGUGAAUUACUACAUGUACCAUGGUGGGACAAACUUCGGGCGAACUGCUGGAGGUCCGUUUAUCACUACAAGUUAUGACUAUGAUGCUCCUCUUGAUGAAUAUGGUUUGAUCAGGCAGCCAAAAUAUGGUCACUUGAAGGAACUUCACAAGGCAAUUAAGCUAUGUGAAUCAGCAUUGGUUUCUGCUGAUCCUAUUGUUACUCAAUUAGGAGAUCGUCAACAGGCUCACGUAUUUAUUCCAGAACAAGGAGGCUGUUCAGCCUUUCUUUCCAACUAUGAUACAGAAUCUGGUGCUAAAGUUCUCUUCAAUAAUAGGCACUAUAGCUUGCCUCCCUGGUCGAUCAGCAUUCUUCCAGACUGCAAAAAUGUAGUUUUCAACACUGCAAAAGUGGGAGAACAAACAUCACACAUGGAAAUGGUGCCGACCAGCACAAAAAUACUACCAUGGGAAAGUUAUAAUGAAGAUGUAUCAGCUUUAGAUUAUGGUUCAACAAUAACAGCCCUUGGUCUCCUAGAACAGAUAAAUAUGACCAGGGAUACUACUGACUAUCUCUGGUACAAAACUAGUGUUGAUAUUAAUCCAUCCGAGUCUUUCUUUCACGGUGGGGAUCGUCCGACACUCAUAGUGGAAUCUACAGGACACGCUGUUCAUGUUUUUGUGAAUGGACAGCUUAUAGGAUCCUCCUUCGGAGGUAGAAAGAAUAGAAGAUUUACCUUCAGUAAAACAGUAAAUCUACAACCUGGUGCAAACAAAAUUGCACUACUGAGCAUAGCAGUUGGUUUACCGAAUGUGGGAGGACAUUUCGAGUCUUGGAACACUGGAAUAUUAGGCCCCGUUGUAUUACAUGGCCUUGAUCAGGGAAAACUGGACUUAUCCUGGGAGAGAUGGACCUAUCAGGUCGGUCUGAAGGGGGAGUCUAUGAAUCUUGCCUCUCCAAAUGGUAUAUCCACGGUAGAGUGGAUGGACAGUAAAAUAGCUGUGCAAGACCAGCAGCCACUGAUGUGGCACAAGGCUUACUUCGAUGCACCUGAAGGAAAAGAACCAUUAGCUUUGGACAUGCAAAGCAUGGGAAAGGGACAAGUGUGGAUUAAUGGGGAAAGCAUUGGAAGAUAUUGGACGACUUAUGCUAGUGGUGAAUGUAAGGGAUGCGGCUAUACUGGUAGAUUUGCACCACCUAAGUGUCAAGUCGGAUGUGGCAAGCCUUCCCAAAGAUGGUACCAUGUUCCUCGAUCCUGGCUAAAACCUACAAGGAAUCUGAUUGUUCUCUUUGAGGAAACAGGUGGAAACCCAACCAAAAUUGCCCUUAUGAAAAGAACUACGAACACAAUCUGUGCACAGGUUUCUGAGACCCAUCGAACCAUUAAAAGCUUUCAGAUUGAAAGUUAUGAUAGUACACAAGAAUUUUACAUACCCAAAAUUCAUUUGCAUUGUGCUUUCAACCAAUACAUUUCUUCCAUCGCCUUUGCAAGCUUUGGAACUCCUUUUGGAACUUGUGGAAGUUUUGUGAAGAGUUCUUGCCAUGCUUCUACCUCAAAUGCAGUCUUAGAAAAGAGAUGCAUAGGGAAGCAAAGCUGUGCAGUUACUGUAACAAACAGCAAUUUUGGAAAAGACCCGUGUCCAAAUGUGUUGAAGCGAUUAUCAGUUCAAGCAAUAUGUGCAUCCACAAAGUCUACAGCUACUACUACUACUACUAACCAAACAACUAUACACUACUGAUCACUCAGUAUGCAUGAUAAUUUCCACAGAACACAUGAGAAAGGAAGGAAAAUCGUUCUCGAAAGUGUAAGUUUAUUAGAUAGGUUUAAAGCAUAGCUACUUAGGGUAGAUAUUUGAAAGUCGUUUGAGUGGUGAUACUAUAGAAUAGUUUUUGUCAAUUUAUUCUGUAAUUGUAAAUUAGUUUUGUUUAAGGUCUAGCAAAUUUGUGGCAGAGUGACUAUUUUACUCUCCCCAUGAUGAUUCUGUGGUUCUAACCCCUGGGCUUUAUACAGGAGUCAGGAAAAAAAAAGAUACAGUGUGAAUUAUGUUAAGAUUUCUUUUUCAUC